CCCUUUCUUCCAACAUGGCGGCGCCCAGUUCUGCUCUUCGGACUCUGCAGCUCGUGCAGAACAAAGGUCUGAAAAGGAUUUUCUCAGGAAUUCAGCCAACCGGGAUUCCUCACUUGGGGAAUUAUUUUGGUGUCAUCACAAGCUGGGUGAAGCUACAAGAAGAAUGUAGUUCUGUAUUAUACAGCAUUGUGGACCUCCACUCCCUCACCAUACCAAGAGAGCCGGCUGUUUUACGUGAAAGCAUCCUAGACAUCACUGCUGUUCUCCUGGCCUGCGGCAUAAACCCACAAAGAUGCUUCCUUUUCCAGCAGUCCCAGGUGCCUGAACAUGUUCAGCUUAGCUGGGUCUUAGGGUGUUUGAUAGGCAUCCCACGUCUGGAACAUUUUCCCCAAUGGAAGCUUAAGAAGGCCAGACAGACCAGUGGAGGAACAGUUGGGCUCUUCACCUAUCCUGUCCUUCAAGCGGCAGAUAUUCUUCUCUACAAGUCAACACAUGUUCCUGUUGGAGAAGAUCAAAUCCUCCACUUGGAGCUGACUCAAGAUACAGCUCGCCACUUCAAUAAGAAGUAUGGGGAGUUCUUUCCAGUACCCAAAGCCCUUUUAACCUCAUCAAAAAAAGUGAAGUCCCUCAGAGAUCCCACAUCAAAGAUGUCAAAAUCAGAUGCUCAUAAAUUAGCCACAGUGUGUAUCACCGAUAGUCCUGAGGAGAUAAAGCUGAAAUUUUGCAAGGCUGUCACAGACUUUACCUCUGAAGUGACCUAUGAUCCCGAACACCGCCUGGGAGUCUCCAAUCUUGUGGCUAUUCACUCUGCUGCAACAGGACUCAGCACAGAGGAAGUGGUACAGCAGAGCAUUGGCCUGGAUACGGCCCAUUACAAGGCAGUGGUGGCUGAAGCGGUUAUCGAAAAACUUGCACCAGUUAGGAAUGAGUUUAAGAGACUAAAAGAAGACAAAUCCUACCUAGAAGAGGUUCUGUCAUCCGGAGCAGAAAAAGCCAGAGAACUUGCAGCUCCUGUAUAUUGGGAAAUUAAAAGAUUGGUGGGGUUGAAUUGAAUCCAAGAAAAUGUAGCUAUCAUCUUUCAUUACUUCAGUUUGUGCCCUACUGUAUGUUACAGUCCUCUGUUUUGAGGCUCCAAAAGAAGAUUGAUUGUCAGAUAUUUCCCUCACAUGUAUUAAUUCUUUUAGAGCCAGGCUUGGAGACUGCAGAGAGCCAAAUGACAUGCAAUACAAUGAAGACAUCUAAGUAUGGUUAGGGUGGAAAGCUGAAUCUGCUCCAAGGGCCAGGUUUCCCACCAGGUAGAUGAUUGUAUGGGGUGGCAUUUCUGGAAGAAGAAUCCCUUCCCAUUUCUGCCACAUAACAGUCUCUUUGGUCCACUAGUGGCUGCAGUUAAUCAUUCCUAGGAUCAUUUGAGUGGUGGAGACAAUUGUAGCUGAUCUGGCUUUGGUCUGCCCUCAAAGCAGAAGAUGGGAAGGCAUUGAGAAUUAAGAUCUUUAAGAGCCGUCUUGCCAGUCCAAGUAAAAAUGCUGUGAAGCCAGUUCAGCUGAAAACUGUUCUUGCAAGUUACAACACUGUUGUUGAGACUUUUUUUUUAAACGAUCCCACAUAUUUUUAUAAAUAACUCAAGGCACUGAACAUACCUAAUACACCUGCCUCCUUCCAUUUUCCCCACAACAACCCUCAGUUAGGCUGAGAAAGAAUGGCCUGCCUAAAUUACCUAGCCGGUUUUCAUGCUUAAAGCUGGAUUAGAACUCAAAGUUUAUAGCCUGGUGCCUUCAUGACUAGACCAAACUGGCUCUUCGUUGCUCCCAGUUCAAUGGCAGAAUAGCAAUUUUCCUGAGAGGAAAGACAAAAAUAUAGGAAAGCCCUGAAGGAGCUUUAUGCUGAAGCAGCUCAGUGAAGUGAUGGUUCUUGUUUUAGGGGGAAGAAGGAAGUUCAAUCCGGUUUGUGGUCCCAGGCAUAAGAUGGGGAGAGUUGAUAGUUCAGAGUUUGAAGAUUCCUUAAUCACUUCUUUCAUCUUUUCCUUCCCCUUUCCAGUAUGAAAGCUGCCCUAGAUAACUUGGGCUUAAGUGACAAAAAUGGUAGACGAUUCUAAACAACGAUGUUGUUUAGAAUAUUCUGCCAUCCUAAUGCAGGCCUUGGUUGUUGCAUAAGAGAGUUUCUCAGGGCAUUUUAUUCUGUAACAGAGCUUAAGAAGAUAGGAAAUGGCACUUAUUUUCUAAUAUAUAUUUUGGGAAAAGUCAGCCACAUAUCUUUGGAUAUUUGAAAAGGGAGUGCUGAGUUCAUAAUUCAUGUUCUUUCUCAGAACAAAGAAGUUAUUCCUUCCAUUCCAUAAAAUGUGAACCGCACCCGGGCAUCUUCCUUCUGGUAUGUUUGCAAGUUUAUUUGAAGUGCAGCAUAAUCUAUGGAAAACAGGACAACAUUAUUAUAUUGCGGAUGCUUGGCAGGCAGAAGAGCCUCUGCUUUAUGAACUUAGAUUUUUUUUCAUGUGGAGCCAAACUGAUUCUGAAACAGACGUCUUCAAGUUUUUGUGCCUUGCGUAAGAGUGUGAGCAAAAGACUGCAGCCAGAGCCAGGGUUCCCAAACAGCUGCAUAGCAACUCCCAACUCUCUUAUUUUGUUUCAUGUUUACUGACUUCAUAGAAAGCCCUACAAACUCCAGAGCCAGUUUUCCAAUGUCAUCCCCUUAACGUUUAGCAUUGUUAGAUCAUGGUCUUGACAAAAAUCCCAAAUGAUGUGGGAGCAACCAUAAACCUAUUCAGCCGAUGCUUCAUCACCAGUUCUCUAUUCUUCACACCCUGCCUGCAAAACUAAUUCUCCUGUAAGGUUCCCAGGAUUUGUCUGUAAGCAUCCAUGAAUACAUAAAAAACAUGUGUGACACAGCUUUCCCUGGCCCAUUGUGUGGAAGAAGAGGGUGUAUUUGUACUGUAUGAUAAUACUUCUGGCUGUUCCCUCUUUUGAGGGAGGCAAGCGGUUCAGAAAUGUGAAAUAUGAAUAAAUAAGUGAAUAUUCUACACAUCUAUAGUACUAUCAUGGUUGUGCCCUGUGGCUACAUGGCCAGAGCCAGCCCAGAAAGCACUGGUCCAGCCUGACAGCACCUCCUUGCAGCCUGCCAAAUUGCUGAUUGGUGGGUUCCUGGGAGAGUGGAAGGUAAAGGGCAGGAUGCUAGCAUCUUCUUCUGAAUUGCCAUCUGGAAACUGUUUACACGUGGCUGCCUGCUAACCACAGACAGAUUCAGCUCUCUAUCCAGUCUCAUCAAAUGGUGUGUUUGAAAACAAACUCAGACUCUUCAUUUAACCAUUUUAGCUCUUUAGAGGGAUUAAAUUCUACCUUUUGCUGGCUAACUUAAACAAAUGUUCACUUUUGUGUGCAGAUGUCUCCGUCGUCAUCAGCCACCACUGGUUUGCUUUUCAGUGUCAAAUUGUAGGCUGCUGCAGAGAAGCACUUGGGGGGGGGAGGGGAGAAUUCAGUGCUUUUCCUGCACUGUUACGAUCUUUCCCAAUUCUGUUUAAACUCAGUGCAUUGACAUGAAUCUCCCACAUAAGCUAAUAUGAACUGAUAUAAUGGAAAGAAUUGUUGGGCCCGUUAUCUCAUUCUAAAGGCAGUGAAAGUUGAAAACAGUAAUAAAAUAGUAAUAGACUUUUGUUGCUGAAUCAACUGGAAACCGUUGUUGGUAAAAUGAUUAAAAUACUGGUGAAUGGGAA